AUGGCUGUGAAUGAAACAGGGCGUCCGGCGUUGAGCGGCCGAACGAAUGGGAGCGGAAACGCGCGGUUAGUCCACUUCCUGUUUCCUGCGGGGCCGAGAGCGACGCACGCGCAGCCGAGCGCACCCGACCGUGCCCGAAUGUACACGAAAAUAGAUUUAGUAUAUAAUCAUGCCAAGCUAUUGAGACGUCAUUCAGCUCGGGUGGCGGGAGUAACCCCCCACAGACACACAGACUCCCGAGCACCAUUCACGAGCGGGGUUGGAGAUUUGCAUAAUUUUAUUCAUGGCCGUAGUAAUUUGGGUCUGGAUAAAAAUAAACUCAUUUCUCAAUGA